AUGCCCCGCUUUAACUCGAGAGGCCUCCUGAGCGCGACGGCUUAUGCAGAGCUCUCCAGCCGGGUGGUGGCCGCUGGGUCGGUGUACGCGUAUGCCCAGGCGACGGGCUUGGGGAGGUCGACGAUGGCAGUGGCAGCGCUGUGUCUCAUAGUCGAAUACUCCUGGAGCUGUGCCGCAGUGGCUGUGGACUGGUCGGGGAAGCUCCUGCGUGCGAACUCAGGGCUACUCGAGGUCAGUUUUCUGGACCCCGCCGUGUUGCUGGUGCUCCUUUGCACUGCCUUGCUGGCCAGGGGCACCAAGGUCUCCAAGCUCUUCACAAACGUCAGCACCGCCGCGAAGCUUGGGCUGAUCUUCUUUCUCAUCGCCACGUCGCUCGCGGCCUUCGAUGCCAAGAACUUGCAGCCCUUCAUCCCCCAGGAGUACGGCAUCGCGGGCGUUCUGCGCGGAGCCACCGACUCCUUCUUUGGCUUCCUUGGCUUUGAUGCCGUGUGCGCCUUGGCCCUCGACACCAAGGAUGCCCGCAAAGUGGUGCCCUCGGCUCUCUUCCUUGGCCUCUUCGUCUCAGGUGGCCUCACGUGCCUCGCAGGCUUCGCCCUCGUCGCGGCAGUGCCCGCGGCCAGCGUGGAUCCAGCGGCGGGCUUUGUGUCGGCUUUCGAGAUCCUGGGUAACGACUUUGCCGCCGCCGUCGUGGCCGUAGGGGAGUUGCUGGUACUUCCCGUGGUGGCCUUUGGAUGCUUGUUGCCACUGGGACGCUUGCUCUGCUGCCUGGCAGAGGACGGCUUCCUACCAUCUCAGUUGGCGCGUCGGGAUGCUGACCAGCCACUCCUGGCGACCUUGCUGGGAGGUACGGCCACAGCCCUGUGCGCGGGACUGGUGCCUUUCGAGGACUUAAACGACAUCUGCAGCGCGGCAGUUCUCACCUGCUUUACUUUGGCGUCGGUGUCGGCGGUCGUGGCACGACAAAAAGGGUUUAGGAUUUAG